UUAUGCUUCAGUUUCCGGUUUAAGCCUUGGGAAAAAUUUCAGCAUUCUACAAAUGUUUUUGUAAGCACUUACCAACGUUGAUCAUCCCGCUUGCAGCCCGUUUGAUACUUUGGUCGUUUUACGGUUGUGUGAUGUGUAUUUCCUAUGGACCCAUUGGCAUUGGACCGUGCGGUUACAUACCUAAGUCAUCUGACAAGUGGUCCCUUCAAUAGCUUGUGCCUUAAUUGUUUUCUUGAGUUCUAAAAGCCACCGUAGUAAUUUUAUUUCGCUUCUGGUAAGAGCGCAGCAACCACACUUAUAGGAUUGCAAUGGAUGCUCGAGUCCAGAAUCAGUUGCGAAAUGUAUUAAGGCUUCCUAUAAAAUGGCGUUAUGGAGCUAUAGCUUCAGGGGUCGCAUUAACCCAAGUCACUGGUUUUAUGUGGUACUCUCCCGGAAGCGCAUGGUCCCGUCAACUUCCUCCUACAACAUUUUCACAGUCAUCCACGGAAAUGACCAUCAAUCUAAUCACUCAAACAGCCGUAGAUACCGGCUUCGCAUUCUUAUUGCACUAUCUGUCGAGCCGCUAUUUCCGUCCGGCGACAAUGCAGGACGCUUUGGUGUUUGCCGGAUUAAUCUCAGCUGCACAGUUAAUACCACAGAUCCCGCAAGUUCUUUGGGGGCGCAAGCCACUUGGAUUGUUUUUCGUAGAUCAGGCGUUCAUCGCGUUGGGUAUUUUCGUGAAAAUUUUGUGCAUCCAGAAUAUCCCAUAUUGAACAGAGCUUACAGUACCAGUAGCCAUAAGCUGUAGUCCGUGUACUCACCGGUCAGAUGUAAAGUGUGUGGUUGCUAUGACGUAUAACCCAAUUAUAAAUUGGACUUAUUUUUAGGUGACCAGUUUAGAUUGUACGUAUUAGGAAUCUUGUCUAGUUUUACUGGAUCUGUCAGAAUUGGAAUUACGUUAGUCUUGCAGUUUGUGGCAGUUAGUAGACGCUCAAAAUUUGAAUCUUCACAUGUAAAGUUGGUGAAUUAUUUUAGAGAUUGAUUACGUAUUGGUAUUGGUAUGAUUGAUUAUUGGUACUUGUACAUGCAUUUAUUGUAUUUUCAAAUAAACCUGUCCUUUACUG